GGGAGGCGCCGCGCUGCGCCCCGCCGCCCCGUGCUAGGCGCCGCCCGGCGUGGCCCCGCGCCCCUGGGCGGAGGGCGGCGGCGGCGGCGGGGGCGCCGCGGAGGGCUUUCCGCGCCCGCCCCGCCUGCCGCGGCUGGGGGAUUAGUCAGCAGUCUGCGGGCACCCCCGCUCCCGCGCAAACUCCGCGGCGGGGGCGGGGAGCGGCGAGCGACGCCUGCCCCUUCCCCUUCCCGCGGCGAGGGGCGGUGGGGCCGCGGCGGCGGCGGCGGGGCUGCCCCCCCCCCCCCCCCCCCCGGCGGUCCGCGCCGCCGCUCCGCGGCCGCGGCGAGGGGCGGCGGGUUUGCAAGUCGGGCAACGAGGCGCCGGGAAACUCCUCUCGGGCACGGCGGCGUUGCGGGAGGACGGGCGCCCGAGCCGCCCCGCGCACGCACACGGGCGGGCGGGCGCGCACACACACCGCACACACACGCACAGGCGCGGCGGCGGCCCCCGGCCCCCCGCAGCCGCGGCCGGGGGGGAGGCGGCGCCCGGCGGGGCUGCCCCAUGGUCUUGCGGGGGCCGUGGGGGAGCUGCGGGGGCCCCGGCGCGGCGCUCGCCCUCCUGCGCGCCCUCCGCACUAGGAUGUUGCGGCAGGUCUUGCACAGGGGGCUGGGGACGUCCUUCUCCCGGCUCGGCCACUUCGUCGCCAGCCACCCGGUGUUCUUCGCCUCGGCGCCCGUGCUCAUCUCCAUCCUGCUGGGCGCCAGCUUCAGCCGCUACCAGGUGGAGGAGAGCGUGGAGCACCUCCUGGCCCCCACGCACAGCCUGGCCAAGAUCGAGAGGAACCUGGUGGACAGCCUUUUCCCGGUGAACCGCUCCAAGCACCGGCUCUACUCCGACCUGCAGACGCCGGGGAGGUACGGCAGGGUGAUCAUCACCUCCUUCCGCAAGGCCAACAUGCUGGACCAGCACCACACCGAUCUCAUCCUCAAGUUGCACUCUGCUGUGACCAGGAUCCAAGUUCAAAGACCUGGUUUCAAUUACACGUUUGCCCAUAUAUGUAUCCUGAACAAUGACAAGACAUGCAUAGUGGACGACAUAGUGCAUGUACUGGAGGAAUUAAAGGCUGCUCGUUCUUCUAAUCGAACUAAUUUUGCAAUCACUUAUCCGAUUACUCACUUAAAGGAUGGCAGGGAAGUGUAUAAUGGGCAUCAGCUUGGUGGGGUUACUGUGCACAGCAAAGACCGGGUGAAGUCUGCAGAAGCCAUUCAGCUCACCUACUACUUGCAGGCAAUCAACUCCUUGAAUGACAUGGUGGCAGAGAAAUGGGAAUCCAUUUUUUGUGACACUGUUGAACUUUUCCAGAAAUCCAACAGGAAAGUCAAAAUGUAUCCUUUCACUUCUUCUUCGCUGAAGGAGGAUUUCCAGAAGACGAGCAGGGUGUCAGAACGCUACCUGAUCACAAGCUUGGUCCUUGUGGUCACCUUGGCCAUUCUUUGCUGCUCCAUGCAGGAUUGUGUCCGCAGCAAACCCUGGCUUGGCCUGCUGGGAUUGCUGACCGUGACCCUUGCCACCCUGACUGCAGCUGGGAUCAUCAAUCUCACUGGUGGGAAAUACAAUUCCACCUUCCUGGGAAUCCCCUUCGUCAUGUUAGGUCAUGGGUUGUAUGGGACUUUUGAAAUGUUGUCCUCCUGGAGAAAAACUAGAGAAGACCAACACGUUAAAGAGAGGACUGCAGCUGUAUUUGCAGACUCCAUGCUUUCAUUUUCUCUGACCACUGCCAUGUACCUGGUCACUUUUGGAAUAGGUGCCAGUCCCUUCACUAACAUUGAAGCAGCCAGGAUUUUCUGCUGCAAUUCCUGUAUUGCAAUUUUCUUCAACUACCUCUAUGUACUCUCCUUUUAUGGUUCCAGCCUGGUGUUUACUGGCUACAUAGAAAACAACUACCAGCAUAGUAUCUUCUGCAGAAAGGUACCAAAGCCAGAGGUAUUGCAAGAGAAGCCUGCAUGGUAUAGGUUUCUUCUGACAGCCAAAUUCAGCGAGGACACGGCGGAUUCUGAGGAAACGAACACUUACGAGAGUCAUCUUCUGGUGUGGUUCCUGAAACGCUAUUAUUGUGACUGGAUAACAAACACUUACGUCAAGCCUUUUGUAGUUCUCUUUUACCUUGUUUAUAUUUCCUUUGCCUUAAUGGGCUACCUGCAGGUCAGUGAAGGGUCAGACCUGAGCAACAUCGUAGCGACUGCAACACGGACUAUUGAAUAUACGACUGCCCAGCAGAAGUAUUUCAGUAACUACAGCCCGGUGAUUGGGUUCUACAUCUACGAGUCGAUCGAGUACUGGAACACCAGUGUCCAGGAAGAUGUGCUGGAGUAUACCAAGGGCUUUGUGAGGAUAUCUUGGUUUGAAAGCUACUUAAAUUACCUUAGGAAACUCAACAUAUCUACUGGAUUGCCCAAGAAGAACUUCACUGAUAUGUUGAGGAACUCCUUCCUGAAGACCCCUCAGUUUGCCCAUUUUUCAGAGGAUAUCAUCUUUUCCAAGAAAUACAACAACGAAGUCGAUGUUGUGGCCUCCAGGAUGUUCUUGGUGGCCAAGACAAUGGAAACCAAGAGGGAAGAACUUUAUGAUCUCCUGGAGACCCUGAGGAAGCUCUCUCUCACCUCCAAGGUGAAAUUCAUUGUUUUCAAUCCAUCGUUUGUGUACAUGGAUCGUUAUGCCUCUUCAGUGGGAGCCCCCUUACAAAACUCCUGCAUUAGUGCUUUAUUUCUGCUCUUCUUCUCUGCAUUCCUGGUGGCAGACUCUCUGAUCAACGUGUGGCUCACUCUAACUGUUGCCUCAGUUGAAUUUGGAGUUAUAGGUUUUAUGACCUUGUGGAAAGUGGAACUAGAUUGUAUUUCUGUGUUGUGCUUAAUUUACGGAAUUAAUUAUACAAUUGACAACUGUGCUCCACUGUUAUCAACCUUUGUCCUGGGCAAAGAGUUCACAAGAACUAAAUGGGUGAAAAAUGCCCUGGAAGUGCAUGGGGUAGCUAUUUUGCAGAGCUACCUCUGCUAUAUUGUUGGUCUGAUUCCUCUUGCAGCUGUGCCUUCAAAUCUGACCCGUACACUGUUCAGGUGCUUGUUUUUAAUAGCAUUAGUCACCUUCUUUCACUGCUUUGCCAUUUUACCUGUGAUACUGACUUUCCUGCCACCGUCCAAGAAGAAGAGGAAAGAGAAGAAGAAUCCUGAAAACCGUGAGGAAAUAGAGUGUGUUGAAAUGGUGGAUAUGGAUAGCACCCGAGUGGUUGACCAAAUUACAACAGUCUAACUUG